AUGGCAAUGGGUGACAAACCCGCUGGGGGGACCCCCCCGUCACCCGCCCCCAUUAGGAAAAAUACCCCCGUCACCCGCCCCCAUCACCCGUCUCGGAUUUCCCCCAGACCCGGCACCCGUGUGGGUGACGGGUACCCAUCGGGUGACACAGACCCGAUUUCCGGUGAGGAGAUCUGCAGCGGCGGCGUCGGUGACUUGACCGCCGGCCUCGAGGUGGAGUUCUGCUCGCCUUCUCCCGUUGCGGCCUACGGGCUCGACGGCGCCAGCGCGGCCGCGGAAGCGGAACCAGCCAUCUUGGUGGAGCGGUGGAGCCGCCGGUCGCACGCAGGAGCUGCCGGCGUGGAGUGGAGUGGAGCUGCGACAGAGCGAGAGCGACUGCGAGUGUGCGUGGUGGGCGGGGGCAAGGCCGUCUAUUUGCGAUAUAGACGACAACCAUUGGAGAUGCUCUAA